AGGUCACCCUAAUCGCAAGGUUGUUUCCACGUGUCUAUAAGUUGGCAAGAAUUCUUGACUCUCUAUGGUAGAAAACGAAUUGUACCGUAGCUAUCUUAACCACAGAAGAACAUCGCCACAUAUUGCGAAGAACCGGGAGAAGAACAAGUCCAGUUGCCAUUUCAGUUAUAGAUUCAAACAGGGAUCACUAUGGAGUCACUGAAGGAUAAAGUAGCGAUUGUUACAGGUGCUGGAUCUGGAUUUGGUCGGUGCACAUCUCUGCUCUUCGCCAAAUAUGGAGCGUUGGUAGUUCUGGCUGAUAUGAAUUUACCGGGAGCUGAGGCCGUUGCUGCUGAAUGUGUCAACGCUGGUCUCAAAAAGAGUCAGGUUUUAGUCGUUAAAUGUGAUAUCACGAAGGAUGCUGACAGAAAACAAGUAGUAGAUGAGUGCAUACGAACAUUUGGGAGGAUAAACAUUUUGGUAAAUAAUGCUGGCAUAUACCGUAAGCAGAGCAUGUUGGAUGCAAACUCCGAUACAUAUGAUUUUCUGAUGGAUGUCAAUCUGAAGGCACAAAUUUUCCUUACACAACUGGCUGUCCCUCAUCUCAAAAAGACAAAAGGAACAAUUGUGAAUCUUUCAAGUAUCGUUGCUGAAGAGGCGGUAGCAGCUGCGGGUGUUUACUGUAUAUCUAAAGCGGGCAUUGACUGCGUCACUAAAGUGCUUGCACUGGAAUUGGCCGAAUUUGGAGUGCGCGUGAAUUCAGUGCGCCCUGGAACAAUGCAUACUGGCCUGUAUGAUGUCGACUUUGGACAAGACGUUGCGAAUGUGAUGAAGAGUGUUGUUUCCGAACACCCACUAGGAAGAUUAGGUUUACCAGAAGAGGUUGCCAAUGCUGUUGCCUUCCUUGCCUGUGAUCUAUCCUCCUACAGUACCGGUAACUUCUUCUACGUGGAUGGAGGACGCCAUUGUGUCGGUGCCAGAUACAACCCCCAUUUAAAACCACAGUAGCUCGUGCCUCUAGUCCAUCACAUUUACUGCUGUAACCAAAUAUAUACCAUUAAUUGGUUAAGGGAGACAUAAAUUCAUAGUCAGAGUGGUUGGUUGGCUGCAUUGCGAUUUUUCGCCCGUACAUAUAUAUGUGAUGCUAGUCAACUAAACAUUAGAAAAAAUAUCAUGGACAUAUAGUUGUAGAAGAUGAAA